CGGUGGCAAGUAAACUAUUCUUCGCGAAAACGCCGAAAACCGUUGCUCUUUCCGUGAUAAGAGAUUUCUCUUCGCAUUAGCUGCAUCAGGAAAGCAAAUUAAUUAUGGAUCUUAAUCAGGAUCAGGGUCAGUCGACUCCAUCGACUGUUAUGCCGAUGUCUUACGAGGAAAUGAUCCGCCAACUCAACGAAGCGCAGAUGGAGUUAAAAAUCAGAUACGAACAGGCGUCGAAGUUAGCGAUUGAUUGCGCAAAGCUACAGUUGGAGUAUCUGAAGCUCUACAAGCCGCAAUUGUUACAGAUACUAGAAGAGCUGCAGGACAUUUCUGCAUCCGUCGAUGCGGAUUCCGUCGAUCCGCCGAAUGACGGCGAUGGUAUCGAAUCGCGCGAUAACCAGGGUAACGAAGUCCUUCGCGCGGAUGAAGACGUAUCGAGGAAAUCUAUGAUGUAACAUCAAGACAAGUCCAGAGAUCGGAAUAGCCCUUCGUGAAAAUCCGAUAUUCAUAAAAAAACUCAUCGAACUUAAUAUCAAAACUUAUUGAAUUUAAAAUUGAACUAAAGAAUUAAUCAGAAAGUAACAGUUAGAUUAUAAAAAGUGAUUAAAAAGGAAG